AUGCCCAAAUCAACAACAGCGUCGCUAUCCAACAAGAGACGUCAUAACCCCCUCGAAAAUGACCUACUCGCGACCGGAGUACUUAAAAAUCGAGAGGGGAGGCCCUCGAAGCGGGCCGACAGGAAACAAGCCGAGGAGCAGGCCUAUGUCGACGCCAAAUCUUCCCGCAAGAUUCUGGCUUUGAGCCGCGACCUCAUUGACGAGGAGGAGCUCCAAGCCGGCCACAAAAACCGAGACGUAUCGGCACCGUCCGGUUUCGACUUUGACCCCUCCCGGUUAGAAGGCGAUAGCGACCAGGAUGAGGAGGAAUACGCCAACGAAGAGGCGUGGGGUGAUGAGGAGGAUGUUGUCGAGGAAAUUGAGGUCGACGCAGCCGAUCUCGAUACCUUCAACCGCUUCGUCACGCCGACAAUGAACGAUGACCCCCUUCUCACACACGGCUGGGAUCGGACGCCAGGCGACGGGACAGAAGAGCAGGGGGGUGGGACAAAUCUGGCAGAUUUGAUCAUGGCCAAGAUCGCCGAGAAGGAAGCGAUGCAGGGUGGGCAGCAGCAGGACUUCAACCCGAUCGAGGAGGACUAUGAGAUGCCGCCGAAGGUGAUCGAGGUGUUUACCAAGACCCCGAAUGCGUGUUACGCUGCGACGAGGAUCUUCGUGUCGGCCAAACCGCUGGUCGUUCAGCGGUUUAUGGAGAUGGUCAUCUUGGAGCGCGUCCGCGAGGACAUUUAUGAGAACAAGAAACUCAACGUGCAUCUUUUCAACUGCCUCAAGCGGGGCCUCUACAAGCCCGCAGGCUUCUUCAAGGGUUUUCUCUUUCCGUUAGCUGCGUCAGGCACUUGCACAUUACGUGAGGCGCAAAUCAUCUCUGCUGUUUUGGCUCGCGUGUCCAUUCCGGUCCUCCACUCGGCAGCGGCUAUCAAGACACUGUGCGAUAUCGCCGCCGAGCAGGCCUCUCAGCAAUCAGAAUGUGUCAGCGCGACCAAUUUCAUGCUGAAGGUUCUUCUAGAAAAGAAAUAUGCCUUGCCAUGGCAAUGCGUUGACUCCCUCGUCUUCCAUUUCCUCCGGUACGCUGCGUCCGCCAGGGAUGGAGAUGGCCCCAGAUCACUGCCUGUGAUUUUCCACCAGUGCAUGCUUGUGUUUGCGCAACGAUAUCGCAACGACAUUACUGAAGACCAACGCGAAGCCCUCUUGGACCUUCUUUUGAACCAUGGCCACGACAAGAUUGCUCCCGAAAUCAGGAGGGAGCUGCUCGCCGGGCGAGGACGAGGUGUCGCAGUCGAGCAGCCUGGGCCAGCGUUUGAUGGCGACGACACGAUGCUUGUUGACUCAUGA